GUAAGACACGCUAUACCGGAAGUUUCUGCAGGUCACGUGACUGUAUGUAACAUUCGGGUGAUUUGUGUUUACUUCAGUCAGUAGCAAGAAUGGCUGUAUAGAGAGUUAGUUAGGAUGUUACAGGACACAUUUUGAUAAAGAAGUAUCUCCUGGGUCUUCAGCAGACAGACAUGUCUGGGUUCAGCGCGGAGCUCAUUGACUACCUGGAGGGGAGGAUAAGUUUUGAGGAGUUCGACAAGCGGAGAGAUGAGCGGAAAGCAAAGGAGUCGGAGAUACCUGCAGAUGUCGAGGAGGAGGCUCAGCCCUCCACCUCCUCCAUUAUCCCGGGAAAGAUAGAGGAGGGGGUCAGCCCGGGGGUCCAGCUGGCCUUCGCCUCCAUGCUGGAAGAAAAGCCAGAACCAGCAUCUUCAGAAGAGCAGGAGGAGGAGGAGGAAGAGGAGGAGGAGGACAGCCUGAGCUACGUGGAUGAUGAUGAAGAAGAUCAGGAUUACAAGGUGGAGAAAGAUGAGGGGGGGAAGAUGGAGAUGGACAUAGAGGAGGCGGCGGCGGCAGAGGUAAAGGAGGCAGAGAAGGGGCCAGGGGUGACAAUAGAAAGAAGACGAAAAAGCAGGAAGAAGAAGAAGAAGAGAGAGAUGGAUGAGGACGAAGACGUGACGGUGGGGGAUGUGUUUGCCCUGGAGAUGGAGCUGAACCGAGAAAACAAGAAGAUGAUGAAGGAGCGGCGUCAUCGCAGCAAGCUGCCCAGAGCUCUGAGAGGCCUGAUGGGAGAGGCCAACAUCCGCUACGCCCGAGGAGAGAAAGAGGACGCCAUCCUGAUGUGCAUGGAGAUCAUACGACAGGCUCCUCUGGCCUAUGAGCCCUUCUCCACCUUGGCCAUGAUCUACGAGGAUGAGGAGGACAUGGAGAAGGCGCUGCAGUUCGGUCUGAUCACGGCCCAUCUCAACCCCUCAGACUGCGAAGAGUGGGUCAGACUGGCCGAAAUGUCUCUGGAGCAGGACAACAUCAGACAGGCCAUCGUCUGCUACUCGAAGGCUAUUAAAUAUGACCCCACCAACGUGCGCUACGUGUGGGAGCGCUCCAGCCUGCACAUGCGCCUGGGCGAACACAAACAGUGCAUGGAUGGAUACCGCAAGAUCCUGUCCCUGCUGCCCAUGGAGGACGGGGAGCACUUCAUGCAGCUCUCCAAGGACAUGGCCAAGAGCUACUAUGAGAGUAAUGACUUGCCCUCAGCUCUGGGGGUAAUUGAGGAAGCUCUUGCGCGACACCCCGACCUGGUCAGCGAUGACUUCAUCAACAUGGCCGCCGAGCUCUUCAUCUCCAACCGGCAGUACAACAAGGCCCUGCGGGUGCUGGUCCAGUUUGCAGCUAUAGUUUUGGUCAGGGAUGAAUCUAACCCAGAUGUUGUAGAACCAAGGGAAGAAGAGAAGGAGGCGGAGAAGACGACUGAGGAAGAAGCAAAUACGAAUGAAGAAUGUACAACAACUAUGAAGACUGUAGAGGAAAUAGCUGCAGAAGAGAACGGUGAAAUUCGGGAUGUCCAAGUGCCAGACAGUGUCCCAGUGGACCUGAGGGCCAAGCUAAUGGUUUGCCUCAUUCACCUGCGUGUCAUCACACCCCUGGAGGGCCUGGUGUUGUCGCUGAUGGAGCAGAGUCAGGAGGAGAUCGGGGACUUGUACCUGGAUGUAGCUGAAGCCUACCUGGAGGAGGGCGAGUACAUGGCCGCUCUGCCUCUGCUGUCCGCCCUCGUCAUCUCCGAGAAGUACAACCUGGCCGUCGUCUGGCUCCGACACGCAGAGUGUCUGAAGGCGCUGGGCCACAUGGAGGUGGCGGCACAGAGCUACACUAAAGUGGUGGAUAUGGCCCCCCAGCACCUGGAGGCGCGGCUCUCCCUGGCCACCCUGCAGCAGCAGCUGGGCCGACCCGACUGCGCCCUCAAAGCUCUGGAGUCCAUGUACGACAGCGACACUCUGGCACAGGACUCUUCAGCCGCACAGAAGGAAUUGAAGCUGCUUCUCCAUCGCUCCACCCUGCUGAAGACCCAGGGACUCACACAGGACUACCUGGAUGCUAUGAUCACUAUGAUCUCCAUGCUGCUGAAGGUGUCCAUGCAGCGAGCUAAGGUGUGUGUGCGUUCUGUCACCUUGGCGGGGGAGAGUCACCUGAGACUGGUGAAGUCUAAAGACAUGGUGCCAGAGAUUGAUGAUCAUGAGGCUGCAUAUCUGGACAACACAGGUAAGACCAACGUCCUGUCCAGAGAGGACUGGUGGCAGCUGCUGGUGAGCUGCGUGCAGACGAUGAGCGAGGUGAAGCGCUACGAGGAGUCUGAGCUGCUGGUGGAGUCUGCCAUGGAGUUCUACUCCUUCUACGACAACAAGCCGCGGAGGAAGGAGCUGGAGUUCUUCGGCCUGUCCGCCACCAUCCUCGACCACAACUACUACAAAGCAUACAACUACAUCAGAUUGAUGUUGAUGGAAAAUCGGGAUCAGCCUCAGCUUUGGAAUAUUUUCAACCAGCUGACUAUCACCUCCCAACACCAGCGUCACCAUCGCUUCUGUCUGCGCCUCCUGCUGAAGCAUCCUGACAACCACGCCCUGUGUUUCCUGUGCGGUCACAACGCCAUGGUCUCCGGAAGCUUCAAACAUGCCCUAGGCCAGUAUGUCCAGGCCUUCCAGACUCACCCCGACACCCCCCUCCACAGCCUGUGUGUGGGCCUCACCUUCUUCCACAUGGCCUCUCAGAAAUAUGUGGCCAAACGCCAUGCGCUGGUGCUACAGGGUUUCUCCUUCCUGUGGCGGUAUGUGGAGCUGCGGGGAGUGUGUCAGGAGAGCAUGUACAACCUGGGCAGAGCGCUGCAUCAGAUGGGCCUCACAUAUCUGGCUAUACAUUAUUAUCAAAAGGCACUGGAACUGCCUGCUCAGAAACUAGAGGGUAUCCCUGACGAUCAGGUGGAUCUGAGCAGAGAGAUCGCCUUCAACCUGUCUCUCAUCUACCAGGCCAGCGGGAACAUGAACAUGGCCCAGCAGAUCAUCAAAACACACUGCAUUGUCUGAAAAAAGAAUAAAGAUAUUUAUCUAUCCCAGGUGGAAAUUGGGUUUUCUGAGGAAAUGAAAAUAUGUAUUUACACAUAAGAAAAAAGUAAAUACAAUUUUUUCCAAAUUGUACUAAAAGGUAAAUCAUACCUGUUUUACAGAUACACAAAAUAAUAAAAGUUUAAAUGUAUUCAGAGAUUACAUUUUUAAUUAGAAAUGUAUUUAUUUCUGUAUUGAUUCAUUUAUAAGCAAGGCAUUUUUGGUACAAACCAACUGUACAUAUAUAUAUAAAUGCUGUCAUUUCAGUUAUGUUGUAUAUAAGGCUGUGAGAUUUAAGAGUUUUUCAUAGUAUUGAUAUUUUUCUAGUUUUGGUAGCACUACUGCUAAAUUAAUUUAAACAAUUUCAUAAUUGUUCCAGUCCCAUUUUAGCAAAUGUCCGAUUUUCUUAUGAAGGAUUUGAUUUACAUUUGCAUUAUUUAUAAAUGUAUAUACAGUCCUAAUGCUUCAGUAAGACUAUAAUAAGGCUGCUAUAACCCAUCAUGUAAAGAAAGUCAUAUUUGUUUUAUAAAGAAUUUCACUCCAACCAAA